AUGAGACUCAAACUGGUGCCACCAAAUUGCAGUUUUCUCGAAUCAAUAAUUUCCUCUCAAAAACCUAUCGAAAGAAAACCCUCUUAUGUCUAUCCUAAUUCACUCUUGAAACUGAGUCCCAAAAGCCUGGAACUUUGCACCGAAAGCUUAGGGAGCGAGACCGGAAGUGACACGAGCCAAUGCAGCAUGCUUUUGUUCCCAAAGUCCAAUAGCUCAUACACGAGGACCCAAGAAAAGUUGGUUCGAAAAGAUUUGGUUCCUAAAACGGAAUCAAAGAAAGUGGUUUCGCGUGGUUUUCCACCCCCAUUGACGACGAUAAGUAGUUUGAAUUUGCUUCAUAUUCGAAGUCAGCAUGAAGGUGGAAGACUCAUCAUCCAAGCCGUGGCUGCACCACCUAUGAAGUGUUGUUUUCGAGCCGAGAGGAGCCAUGGACGCCUACGGUUGACGUAUUGGAAGAGCCGAGACCACCAUCAGAAACUUCUUGAAUUGAAAAACGACAAAACUACCCAUGUAACGGAAACAGACAACAAUGCCGAGGAAGACGAGAGGAUCCAUGAUGAGCUGGAAACAGAAAAACAAAUAUUUGAAUGGCCAAGUAGGUGCAAGGAAGAUGAGCAGGAUGAUAAAGGAAUGCGUAGGAAUUGGGAGCCUUUUUGGUUGACGACCUCUUGA